AUGCGUGCCUCUAUUUAUCUUCCAGCAAUCCUGCUCGCACCACUUUCUGUCCUAGCCGGGCCAACCUCCGGAUCCAACUUCAACACGAACAUCGUCCGCCGUGGUCCCGCCAUGAAGCCACUGGUAGGGCGCUCCAGUCCAGUCCACAUCCUUGCCCGCUCUCCUCUUCCUGCCGGUGACAAGGACGAAGUGUGCUCAAGUGACGAGAAGCGAUGUGGUGAUGCCUGUGUUCCUGAAGCAUACACUUGCUGUCCCAAGGAUGUCUCUGGUGGCUGUCCCAAGGACGAAGAGUGUCAGAAACACGAUGGGAAAUAUGGAUGUUGUCCCGAUGGAGAGAGCUGCCACUGGGAUAAUGACGAUGACGAUGACGACGACGACGGAAAUGUUUUCUCCAGAAUUGGAGACUUCGGAGACGAUGUGAAAGAUGGAUGGGAUGAUCUCUGGGACAACGCCGGCCCGAGCCUAAAGCCGGAGCUGUUAACAAUCUUAUUCCUUGGAGGAGCAGCAGCAGCAGCAAUGGGGCUGUGA